CCCGCCGUCACCGCCUCCGAGAAGAUGGCUGUGUCUCCCACAUAUGCUGAUCUUGGCAAGUCUGCCAGGGAUGUCUUCACCAAGGGCUACGGCUUUGGCUUACUAAAACUUGAUUUGAAAACGAAGUCUGAGAAUGGAUUGGAAUUGACCAGCUCAGGCUCCGCCAACACAGAGACCACCAAAGUGAACGGCAGCCUGGAAACCAAGUACAGAUGGACUGAGUACGGGCUGAUGUUGACAGAGAAGUGGAACACAGACAACACCCUGGGUACCGAGAUCACCGUGGAAGACCAGCUCGCGCGUGGACUGAAGCUGACCUUUGAUUCAUCCUUCUCGACUAACACUGGGAAAAAAAAUGCUAAAAUCAAGACAGGGUACAAGAGGGAGCAUAUCAACCUGGGCUGUGAUGUGGACUUUGACAUCGCCCGGCCCUCGAUCCGUGGCGCUCUGGUGCUUGGCUAUGAGGGUUGGCUGGCUGGCUACCAGAUGAAUUUUGAGACCGCGAAGUCCCGAGUGACCCAGAGCAACUUUGCCGUUGGCUACAAGACGGACGAAUUCCAGCUUCAUACUAAUGUGAACGAUGGGACAGAGUUUGGUGGCUCCAUUUAUCAGACGGUGAACAAGAAGUUGGAGACCGCUGUUAAUCUCGCCUGGACAGCAGGAAACAGUAACACUCGCUUAGGAAUAGCAGCCAAGUAUCAGGUCGACCCUGAUGCCUGCUUUUCGGCCAAAGUGAACAACUCUAGCCUCAUCGGCUUAGGGUACACUCAGACCCUAAAGCCAGGUAUCAAACUGACCCUGUCGGCUCUGCUGGUUGGCAAGAACGUCAAUGCGGGUGGCCACAAGCUUGGUCUAGGACUGGAAUUUCAAGCAUAAAUGAAUAUUGUACAAUCGUUAAUUUUAAACUAUUUUGCAGUAUAGCUACCUUCAGAAUUUAGUGUACCUUUUAAUGUUGUAUGUUGGGGACGCAAGAAUUGAUAAAUACCACGUUAGAUCUCCAGGCUAAGGAUGACUUGGCUUUAAGGCGUUUACCAUUUCAGAGGUACACCAAAAACCCCAUUCCUGAAAGGGUCCUUUUAGCUGUAGACGUGGGUUGGGGAGGAGCCCCUCUAGAGAUGUCAGGCCCCAGGUGGAAGCUGGGGAUGUGCGGGUCCUUUGUCAAUCUGUAGAGUCCACAGAUGAAAUUGUGACUUCCUGAGCAUUGGUGUCCCGAUCCUAGCUGCUGAGAAGCAUGCACACACCUGUGUGAAAGGGACUGUUUUAGACAGAUCUCCGUGCCCUCUUCCCAUCCUAGCCCAUCAGUUACCUGUUUUACACCAAAAGUACCCUUCUGGUUAGCUAUUUCUUUUGUGCCAUUUUAGGGUGGAGAGGGUGGGCAUGAUAGAGCCAGUCAUUCAGGACUUAAUUCUUCCUUGUGGUGUGGU